AUGCCAACUGUCUCCACUGUCAAUCUCACGGCACCACUCCUCCUCCUGUUGCUAUGGGCAACCCACCCCACCAUGGCAACCAACUGGCUCUCCCUGGCGAGGCUGCCUCGCUCCAGGCCCGUGUCCGGUGCUGCUCCAUGUGCCCGGCUGAGGGGGCUGACCCCGGGGCAGGUGGGGGUGUGCAGGGCGCGAGGGGAGGUCAUGGAGUCCGUACGCAAGGCAGCCGAGAUGGUCAUAGAAGAGUGCCAGCACCAGUUCAGGAAUCGCCGCUGGAACUGUUCCACCACAUCACGAGGGAUCAACGUUUUUGGCAGAGUCAUGAACCAAGGGACUCGUGAGGCGGCCUUUGUGCACGCCCUGUCCUCUGCAGCAGUGGCAGUGGCGGUGACACGAGCCUGCACCCGCGGGGAGCUGGAUAGGUGUGGCUGCGACAGGAAGGUCAGGGGGGUCAGCCCAGAGGGCUUCCAGUGGUCAGGCUGCAGUGACAACCUGUCCUACGGUGUGGCUUUCUCCCAAACAUUUGUGGAUGAACCAGAACGAGCCAAGGGGGUGUCAGCGGGGAGACCACUCAUGAACCUCCACAACAACGAGGCAGGCAGAAAGGCCAUCCUUCACAACAUGCAGGUGGAGUGUAAGUGUCAUGGCGUCUCCGGCUCCUGUGAGUUGAGGACCUGCUGGAAGGUUAUGCCUCCUUUCAGGCGCGUUGGUGUGGUGCUCAAGGAACGCUUUGAUGGAGCCACAGAGGUCCGCCUGACCCGUAUAGGAUCCAGGACAGCCCUGCUCCCCCGCGACCCGCAGGUUAAACCCCCCGCUGCCAGAGACCUCCUGUACCUUGCCCCCUCUCCAGAUUUCUGCCACCUCGACCCCGACAACGGUAUCCCCGGCACUGCUGGUAGGAGGUGUAACGGAACCUCUCGUCUGGCACCGGAUGGCUGUGAGCUGGUGUGCUGCGGGCCGGGCUACAGGGCGGGUCGAGCGGAGGUGGUGCAGCGCUGCUCCUGCAAGUUCUCCUGGUGCUGCUCCGUCCGCUGCCAGCAGUGCAAGAACACCGUCACCAUCCACACCUGCCGAGUCUAAAAAACCCCCAAACAACACCGAGCGGAAAGACCUGAACAAACCACCCGACAGAAAAAUCUGAACACAAGACGGGAUAAGGACGAGAUAGACAAUAACACACCUAACACACCCUUUAGCACCAAAUUAUCCUAAAACUCUGGUCUUAAUUUAACUCAUUUUCGACUGAAGCUGUGCGGCUAAGUUGGAGGAUUGUGUUGUAAAAGCUGCAAAGUUAGAGUACAUGUAAAAAAGCAAAUCGAAAUAAGUAAACAAAACAGACAUGCAUGCACACACACUCAACUGUUAACCUCUCAACAAACUGACAAAGCUUUUAAAGCUGAACUUAACCACGACUAACCGGGAAUCACUGCAGCGCUGUUCUUAUCGUGUCAUAGACUAGCAGGUCUCUGGACAUUUACUGUAUUUAUGCCUUCUCCUCUCUUCUGGUUUAUUUAUUUGUAUAUCUUUAAUUCAGCAGCAUCUUAAAUAACAUCAUAACUUCUACUUACAGAGUCUCAGAGUCUGUCUUGUGUUCGCCCUCUCCUUCA